GUAUCAUCCUAUAUAAAACGUAAUUUCCACCGAAAUCAACAAGUUGUAACGUGACGAAUGUACAACAAUGUUGACGAAGUGUUUGCUGGCAACGGUCCUCGUGUUCCAAGUGUGCAGUGCUGUGCCCUACGGCCUGACACCGCGCAUCACUGAUGGCAUUGACGCAGAACCCGGAGAAUUCCCUUACCAAGUUUCCGUACAAUGGGGCAUCCCACCCAUAACCCAAUACAGUCAUGCUUGCGGUGGUUCCAUCCUCAACGAGAGAUACAUCUUGACUGCUGGCCACUGCAUCAUGAAAAUUGGAAAACUGAGGGUUGUCGCUGGCAAAUACUAUCUCGCCAAAGAUGAAAACUCCAACCAGGUUAUCAAGGUUUCCAAGACCAUCGUUCACAGUGGAUACAAAGGAGGUGUUGCGCAACACGAUAUCGCCCUUUUGCAUCUGGAGUCACCCCUGAAAUUCAACAAAUUGAUUGCACCCAUCAAACUGCCAACCCAAGGUCAAAGACAGUCUGGACAGGCUGUUCUCUCCGGAUGGGGAUCCACCUCUAAAAACAUUAUUCCCAAUUUACCAAAUGUCCUCCAAAAGGCUAUUGUGCCAAUCCUCGACAACGAGGAAUGCUUGAAAGAACUCACUUCUCAGCCCGUCAUCGGUCAACAACCUGAACUCUUCGACACCCAGGUUUGCAGCGGUCUCGCUGGCAAGGAAGUGUCUGCUUGCUCUGGUGAUUCUGGUGGCCCACUCGCUCAACUUGUUGGCAACUCCGCUGUACAAGUUGGUAUCGUAUCAUGGGGUAUGAUGCCAUGCGGAUCUAGCCACAUGCCUUCCGUCUACACCCGUGUUGCCUCCUACGUCGACUGGAUCCACCAGCACAUGAAAUCGCAACCCCAGCGUAGCGUCAUCAUACCGUUGUUCGACAGCCGCGUUGUCGGAGGAUCCGAAGCCAAAGUUGGCCAAUUCCCGUGGCAAGUGUCUCUGCAAUGGGGAUGGCUCUUCGGUCAGUCUCACUUCUGCGGUGGAUCUAUUCUGAACAACCAAUGGAUUGUCACGGCAGGGCACUGUGUUUUGGCCGUUCCAAACUAUGGUGACUUCGUGGUCAAAGUAGGCAAACACAACUUGAAGAAGACGGAAGACACCGAACAAACCAUCAAGGUCGCGAAGUCAUUCGUCCAUGAAAAAUACAGCGGAAAUGUCGCUCCCUAUGACAUCGCACUGUUGAAACUGGAGAAGCCCCUGGUGUUGAGCAAAGCGGUUAAAGCGAUAAGUCUGCCAGAGUCAGGAAGCACGCCUGCCGGAACCGCCGUGUUGUCAGGUUGGGGAUCAACUUCGAGAACCAAUACCGCUCAAAUGCCUGACGCACUUCAAUAUGUCGACUUGCCUCUCAUCGACCUGGCCACCUGCAAGAAAGCCGUGGAAGACCUUACCGGGCCAUCUCCUUUGCACGAGACCAACGUAUGCACCGGACCCCUCACCGGUGGUUACUCGGCGUGCAGCGGUGACUCCGGUGGCCCGUUGAUUCUCAACAGCAACGGCAAGGCCGAGCUGAUCGGAAUCGUUUCCUGGGGAAUAGUUCCGUGUGGCACGGUCGGCGCGCCAUCCGUCUACACCAGAACCUCUGCUUUCAACGACUGGAUGAAAGACAUCAUGUCCAAAAAUUAAACUGUUCUUUUCGUUUUAGAAAUUCAAUCAGAAAAAUUGAAUAAGCGUGUCUCGUUUUCGGAAACUGAAUUGGAAUCUUCAAUAAAAUGUGUUAAAAAUA